AGAUGGGGUGCGACGGGAGGGGGUGUCUAUGACGUCAGGGUGGUCACGACUCGGCCUGCCCCUCCCACAAUGUCAGCUCUGCUCUUAUAACGGACCCGUCCCACCACAGAGGAGCUUUACCUUCCCUUCACUUGACUCCACACUGGUCCACGGACCAACAUGUACUGGGACUCCGCCAUCAAGCCCGACACCAAAAUAAAGAUGGAGGUAUGCCAGGGUGGUUUUUACAUGGAGGACUUUAAGACCCAGGAGGUGCCGGCAGGGUUUGACUUUGCAUCUUUCGACUAUCCUGGUGAAGAUAUGUCUUUUCUGUUAGACAGCAGCAAGGCGUCUACGCAACCGCCGCAGUAUUCGCUUGACAGCUGCUAUGCAGAGCCGCCCAAAGUUAACUCAAGCGAUAUCGGCCUCUUCAACCUGGACUCAUUCCAGGAGUUCAGCUGGUGGACUUCUUAUCCACAAGCAGACGGGUUGAUGGUGGAGCAGCCCCAAGCGGGCGGCUACCAGGAGCCAGGAACCAACCAGAGCUACCAGAGCCUGUUGCCCGGGAGGGAACCGUUCACCCCAGCCGCGGAGGGCAGCCACAGCCCCUUUCCGAGCGUAAAAAGCGACGCCGACUUGGGCUACUCCCGUCACUCGGCUGACCUCUACCCGGAUUCGGACAGCCAGAGGAGAGCCUUUUGGUCCGAAUACUCCCCAUCCGGUUUCGGGAACCCCCUGCCGCACCCGCCUACGUCUUCCAUCUGCCCCGCCCCUACCAACGCUAGCCCACAGCCGUCAGACAACUACUACCCCCGCGCGCCCAAGCGCAAAAACCUCCAGCGGCCCGAGAGGGACAGUCACAUGACCGCAAUGUCCGCUUACCCGGGUUCGGGCCCCAUCCAGCUGUGGCAGUUUCUACUGGAGCUUCUUCUGGACUCGACCUGUCGCACCUUCAUUUCCUGGACGGGGGACGGCUGGGAGUUUAAGAUGUCCGACCCCACUGAAGUAGCAAAGCGCUGGGGCCAGUGCAAGAACAAGCCCAAGAUGAACUACGAGAAGCUGAGCCGGGGCCUUCGCUACUAUUACCACAAGAACAUCAUCCACAAGACGGCAGGCAAGCGCUACGUCUACCGCUUUGUCUGCGACGUGCAGGGCAUGUUGGGAAAGACGGCGCAGGAGGUGCUGAGCAGCCUGAACAUUUUGCCCACCGCCAGCAGCACAGAGUCGUCCACGUCAGAGUUCAGCAGCGAGCGGUGGGAGUAAAGGAAAAAAAAAACCUAAUCAAAAAGUGACAUUUCUGUACAAAUUCACCAUGCGGUGAGCAGAAUUUGUAGUGGAAGAAUUGAGUAUGUCAAGCUCGGGGCGAAGGAGGCAUUUCAAGCACUACAAAGAGGAAGGCGUCGCAGCAUCUCCAACAACGGUAAUCAGCAAAGAGUAUUUGGGCCACAUUAAGAAGAACAAGAGAAAAAAAAAUUCUGAUACAAUGGGGUUGAAGUCAUCGAAUUUUGGAGCAGAUAUCACAAAGUACAAUUCUUACAUUUAUGAGAAAAAGGUGCAGUUUUACACGAUUGCCAUUCGUGAUAAAAAGAUGGACAAUCUUACAAGAAAGAAAGAUUCUUGUAAGAUUGAAGUGAAGUGGCGAAAAUACAACAAAAAUCUGCAAUUUUACGAGCAAAAAAAAAGUAAUUUAAUGCAACUGAAAUCAUUUUUGGUCAUUUUGUGAAUGACGUCAUAAUUCUUGCCAAAUUAUACUUGAAAAAUACAUUUGAGAUAUGACAAAUGAAAUUUGAAUACAAACAUAUAAACACACACACACUAUAUUAAGGAGGUAAAAUAAAUGGUACAAAUGGCCAUUUUCUGAGAACAGUCCCAAUUUACAAGAUUUCUAAGAUGGUAUGAAUAAAAGAGUUUCUUUUGUUUCAUUCCAACUUUGUUUUUAAUUAAUGAGGCUAAUACUUCAAUGGUUUUACUCUUGUUUCUGUUGACAAAAUACUUGUAAAUAGUGUUGAUACAGUGGAGUUUUGUGCAUUUAUUAUAUUUUUAUAUAUAUACAGAACUCAGGUCUACCUCUGCUGUCGAAUUACAAUGAAUAAACUCAACUAAUUUCCACA